AUGCGCAGUGGUUCUGGUCUGAUUUUGCAGGUGCUGAAUGCCGGCCUUCAUAAUCCGCAGCACUUCUUUCGUCCGUACGCGAAAGCCGUCGUUGCGCUCCCCAGGCUAUGCAAAUUCCACCAGGCGGCGCAGGAUGCAGUCGAGAAGCUCGUCCGGGUGGAGCGAUUGCUCGACUGUGAGCUCGAAGGAACUCCGAAGAUCCACGGUCGAAUGGCCAAAGAUACGCUCACUCAAGAAUUCACCUAA